UUCCGGUAUUUCCUUCUUUAGCCAAAUUCAUUUGAAAAUGGCAACUUUUUAUUAAGAUGCAGACUAGCAGAAGAUAAUCUGAUUUUGAAAAGUUGUUCAACUUCCACUUCGCUUGGAGGUGUCCUGCAUAAGAUUCGAGAAUGCACGGAAGACUUAAAGUACGUACAACCGCUGAGCAGCAAGAAAUUAAGGCCAAAGAAAGAGCCAAAAAGCUUGCAGUAUACAAAGUAGCAAUGGAUCGAAUUUUUUCCAAGAGAAAGUCAGGGGAACUAGAUGAUGAAAUCCUCAAGAUAACUGGCCAGGUUUUGACAGAAAACCCGGACAUCUCCACACUUUGGAACAUAAGAAAAGAAACAAUUGUGAAAAUCAAGAAUACAACUCCAGACCUUGUUGACAACUAUGUUUCGAAAGAGCUAACAUUAACUGAACAGUGUAUUAGAGUGAACCCAAAGUCCUAUAAUUCUUGGUUUCAUAGAAGUUGGGUUCUUGAUAAAGGAUCAAACAUUGAUUUUCAAGCUGAAUUUUUGCUCUGUGACAAAUGCCUGGAGCUAGAUGAAAGGAAUUUUCACUGCUGGGAUUAUAGGCGAAUAAUUGUGCAAAUGUCAAAAACACCCUUGGAAAAUGAGCUUCAAUUUUCUACUAACAAGAUAACAAAAAAUUUUUCGAAUUAUUCUUCGUGGCAUUAUCGGAGUGAAUUGCUGCCGCGAAUUUAUCCGAGUUCAUCUGGUGAUACCUUGUUGGAUGAUCAGAAGCUGGCCGAAGAAUGCAACCUCAUUCAAAAUGCAAUUUUCACGGACCCAAACGACCAAAGCGCAUGGUUUUAUCAACGUUGGCUUCUUUUCACAAAAAAAGAGACCAAUUCCACGGAAAAUUCCAAAAAUUCUGGUUUUCUGUCAGUUUUGAACGAUGAGCUGGAAUCAUGUCAGCAACUUCGUGAUUUGGAACCUAACAAUAAGUGGGUAAUCCUACAGGUCUGUGAGCUGCUUCGACGCAUUGACAGUCUGGGAAACAAAAAAGAGAUUCUGCAACUUGUGAGCCAGCUAACUAAAGUCGAUCCAUUGCGUCGGGGAUAUUAUGCUUAUCUCGGCUCUAAAAUUGAAGAAGAGAAACAAAAGAAAACCAUUCCGUAAUAGUGUAUAAUCCGCUUUAAGCAUAUCAUCUACUAUACGUAUGAAAUGCGAUUCCCUUGGUUGUAUUGACGGCCUUGAAGUGUUGCGCUCCUGCCAUCAUUAUGAGUUGGUUGACUUUCAAAAAAUACAGUGAUAGGAAACACGA